CUGAUCUCGUACUAGUUGAAACAGACAAAGAAACAUAAAAUGUCUGAGUAUAAAAGUUUACGUAACAUUUCCAAUCUUGCGAGAACACAUGUACCAUACUUGAAGAACUACAAAGCAUUUAUCGGUGGGAAAUGGCAAUCUGCUUCGAGCGAAGUAACUUUUCCUGUGUUUAAUCCUGCAAACGGUGAAAAAUUAGCAGACGUCUCGGAUCUUCAUCACGACGACGUUGCAAAAGCUAUUUUUACCGCUGCCCAAGCAUUUCAAAGCUGGAAAGCAACGUCUGUGAAGGAAAGAAGCACAUUCUUACAAAAAUGGCACAAAGCUCUUCUAGAGAGGGUGGAUGAUAUUGCCAAAGUAAUGACAUUAGAACAGGGUAAACCUCUUACUGAGGCAUAUCAAGAGGUAUAUUAUGGAGCGUCUUUUAUUGAAUGGUUUGCCGAAGAAGCAAAAAGAAUAAAUGGGGAAUUGAUUCCUUCAGCUCAGACUAGCACAAAAAUCAUACUGAUGAAGCAACCAGUUGGUGUUGCAGCUCUUUGGACUCCGUGGAAUUUUCCUCUUGCAUUGAUAACAAAGAAAGCCUCUGCUGCUCUGGCCGCUGGAUGUACAGUAUUAUGUAAACCUUCUGAAGAUACUCCACUCACCGCCCUGGCCCUUGCUCAGCUUGCUGAAGAAGUUGGCAUUCCACCUGGAGUGUUCAAUGUGUUACCAUGCUCACGUGACAAUGUUUCCAUGGUGACUGAUGCUGUCAUGGAGAGCAGUCUUGUCACAAAAUUUUCCUUCACUGGUUCCACAGCUGUUGGAAAGUUAUUACUAAGUCAAUGUGCAAACACGGUGAAGAGAGUUUCAAUGGAACUUGGAGGAAACGCACCUUUCAUUGUAUUCAACAGCGCGGACCUUGAUUUAGCUGCGCAGGGCCUUCUUACCGCGAAGUUUAGAAACACAGGACAGGUCUGUAUUGCACCAAAUCGAAUCUUUGUCCAGGAACAAGUUUAUGAAGAAUUCACACAAAAGCUUGUUGAAGGAAUGAAAACGUUAGUUGUUGGUGAUGGUUUGAACAAGAACUCCACUCAAGGACCGCUGAUUAAUGAGAAAGCCGUUCUCAAAGUUGAAACUCACAUACAGCAAUCUGUAAAACAAGGAGCAAAGGUUGCUUUAGGUGGAUCCCGGAUGACUGAUCUGGGUGAAUCAUUUUUCCAGCCAACUGUUUUGACAGACGUAACAAACGACAUGGUUGUUAGCGUUGAAGAAAACUUCGGUCCAGUUGUUCCCCUGCUGAGAUUUAAUAACGAAGCUGAAGCCAUUGCUAUGGCGAACAACACGUACUAUGGUCUUGCAGGCUACUUUUAUUCGCAAGAUUUCAAACAAAUAUGGCGGGUAGCAGAAGCUUUAGAAGUAGGUAUGGUUGGUGUUAAUUCACCAUCUGUUUCCAGUGAGUAUGCACCGUUUGGUGGUGUGAAGCAUUCUGGGAUUGGAAAAGAGGGAUCGAAAUACGGAAUGGACGAGUUUGUGGAAAUAAAAGCUGUUCAUAUUGGUGGAAUGUAGAACUUACACCGUUUUCUUUUAUAACUGAUCUUUAAUGGAAAAGUAGUUUUUAGUUGUGUAAUAUCAUACAAAAUGCAUGUGUGUGUGCAAUGGAUUUCUCCGUGCUUGAGUUGCUUUGCACAAUUUAAUGCAAGAGAAUAAUUGGAGAAUGUUUGUGUUUAUAAUUUAUUGAAAAUGAUAAUAUUGUGUUUGUAAAAGAAAACACACUUAAGUAAUUGUGAUUGCAACAGUUUAGUCGUCGUGUUAUAUUGAAAUUAUACUGAUCCACAAAUGUCGUAGAAA